GGGAGCUCAGUUCCGUGGCUCGCUUCCUUUAGCACAGUCGUGUUGUCUAGGCACUCCCGAUAUAAGACUAUCUAGUAUAUCUAGCUCUUUUUGAUUUGAUUUUAUUUAUUUUUAUUUUUUUCGCAGUUCAAAGAAUAGUGUACUGACCGGGUUAUAAGCCUUGUGACUGGUCUAUGUAUAACAACCGACGGUGUGUGUGUGUGCAUGUGUGUGGCUCUCUGUUCUAUAUUGGCGACUGUACAAGACGCUGAGCAAGUGGCAAACGCUACGUCCGCGGUACUUGUCAUUCUCUGUAUGCUUCUCUGUAAACGUUUAACAUUCGGCUUGCGUCGCCUUGACCACUGGGCUUCUGCGGUGCUCCAUCUAUAAGGUGCGAAAGAGUGAGCGCGGGCUUUUGGCAGAAGAAGAGAAGAAUUGGCUCAAAACUACAAAGAACUACUGGAGGCCGGUGCUUUUAGGCCGACUGAACAAAGUGACUGAAUAUAGCUCGCCAGACUCCCUUUUACCCUUUCAAGGCGAUUUAUGUCGCCUAUAGACCUUUUUAAUAAAUUGAUCGGCAUUUCUCUCUCGUUUUUUAUUUGAUUUUUUAGUUUAUUUUUUUUUUUUUUGUGCGUUUUUUUUUCUUCUUCCCGGCGUUCUCAAUCUUCUAUUAAAGCGCCUCCCAUUCGAUUAAGGCUUGUACGUGCCUUGAGGAUGAAGCUCGGCCAGCUUCUGGACUUGGUCUACGUUCAACUUGAGAGCCCGAUAACUUUGCCGGAAGAGAAAGUACAUCGCUGCAGCCUGGUAGUGAGGAAAUAGGAACUAUCUGUCCACGUCUGACAUGUCCGACAAGCUUGCUGCGCAAAACUGUUUUUAAAGGAAACCCGUCCAAACGAACUAUCGACUGUCCAAUAGUCAACUGGGGCCCCGUUUGUCUAUAAACUAAACAAACAACAGUGUUGUGUUUCAAACGGGACAAACCAACUACGACCCAUGGUGCAAAGUGCACAUUAUGUCCUGUAGAGGAAAACUGCGAACAACAAACGCGAACACACCAAGGCUCUUCACUUCUACGCCUCGUUCUAUAUCUUCGCUCUUCGCAUCUUUUGCUCUCUGCUCGCCUCUUCUUUACUCCGUUGGCUCUGUCGUCUGAAAAUGGAGUGGUUCGGAUUAGUCUUUUUCCUGUGCUCAGCUUCCGGACAUCUUAGCUCGGUCUCGUCCACCAGCAACUCACUUUAUGGUUCAGGGGAUUUAAUUCCCGUAAAAGGAAGGGGCUCCAACCCUGCCCAAGAACACGAGGGACCGCAACCUUACUUCGACGUUGAUUUCCAGCGUAACGUAACCGCCAUUUCAACUCAGACAGCAUUUCUCCACUGCAGAGUCAAGGAUUUGGGAGGGAAAGCUGUAUCUUGGAUAAGACAGCGAGAAUUAAAUGGAAUCAUUCGACCCGUGAUAUUGACAACAGGCUUAUUUACAUACACUUCUGAUCAACGAUUCAGCGUGUUACAGCGUGCGAUGUCCGAGUAUUCACGAACGGAUGAGAGCCUAACAGAUUGGGUUUUGCAGAUUAAAUUCGUUCAGCCCCGAGACUCAGGAAUCUACGAAUGUCAAGUCAGCACUGAGCCCCGUAUAUCGGAAAAUUUUUACCUGAACGUUGUUGAAUCUAAGGCGAAAAUGAUUGGUUCCUCGGACAUGUAUGUUAAACAAGGCAGCACGCUAAGCCUAACCUGCCUAGUUACCCAAGCAGUGGAACACGCAACAAUUUUUUGGUAUCACGAUUUAAGUGUUAUUGAUGACAGUCAAGUAGUUGUUCGAAUAGACCAACACUUCGACUCCUCCAUAUCCACACUUACCAGUCGCCUGCGUAUAAGCAACUUACAGUCAACUCAUUCGGGAAACUACACAUGCCUAACAACGGCUGCUGACCCAGCAUCGACUAUGGUUCAUGUCAUAAACGGUGAACAUCCAGCUGCCAUGCAACAUGGUAAUACAGGAAUAUCACUACUACUUCAGGAUUCAAGUUGUUGGACACCAAUAAUUUCACGAAUAUUCAUUGAACUAUUUGUAUCUGUUUUAACGUACAAUUAUUAUAGAUAAUGCGAUUUUGUUUGAUUUUGGAAAUAACAAAAUGUGAAAUAUCCAGUUCUCUGUAUAAUUAAUUUCGGCUGCCUCCUUGACACCAACUGUCCCAGCUGUAUUCGUAAUGUACGACACAUUAUUUCUCCAUUCUGUAUUAUCGUUUCUUUGUAGCCAUAAUAAAGCUGGAAUUGAAAGUGGA